CCUUCAUUUUCUAUCUCAUUAUUUUUGUAUGAAAGGCGGAUGGGGCCUUCUGAUACCAUUUGGAGUUGCCAUGGUCGCCGCUUUUCAUAUCGGAAGUUUUGCAUCGUUUGGAUUGCUAUUUGAUGAUUUUUUGAAAAAUUUGGGUGCUGAAACAAAAGCAGUGACAAUAAUUUCGGGUUCGAAUUCAAUUAUGCUUAGCUUUGGUGGUUUAUUUGCGAGCAUCUUGUUCAAAAAGUUUUCGAUGCGAUCGGUUGGAUUAAUUGGAGCAACAAUUUUUUUCGCUGGCAGUUUAUUGACUGCUUUUGCCACUUCAGUUGAACAUUUGGUCAUAUUCUUUGGAAUUAUGGAGGGAAUGGGAACCGGUUUAAUGUCAAUAGUUGCCUACACAACCUUUAACCAUUACUUUGUUAGAAGGCGUGUUUUUAUCAUGAGUAUAACGCAAACACUGAAAGGUGUCAUCAUUAUGUUAUAUCCAAUUAUGGUACAAUUUCUUAUGGAUAAAUAUGGGUUCCGUGGUGCGGCGGCUUUAAUUGCAGUUAUACAUGCGCACAUUUUUUUCGGAAUGGCUGUUAUGCACCCCAUCGAAUGGCAUUAUAAAGUGGUUAAAAUUCCUCUAAACGAUGAAAAACCAUUAUUAAACAUCGCAAACCAAGAAGAAAUUGUGAAAGUUACAGUAACUGAUGGCGAAAAAAAAUUAUGUGUAGACAUUGAACAUGUGCCAACUUUUAAUCAAGAUGAAAAUGGUAAUGAGCGAAUUGGAUCUCUCGAUACAACACAGCCGACCGAUUUUGAUCUAAUAAAAAGACGUAUUUCAAGUAUUAUAAGCUUGGGUGAUUUGAUGGGUGAAUCAUAUGGACGCGUUAAAAAUGGAAAAUGGCAAAAAAUUGUGGAUUUUCUUGAUUUGAAUCUCUUUAAAGAUCCAAUUUAUGUGAAUAUUGCUAUCGGUGUAACUUUUGUAACUUUAUCAGACAAUGCAUUUUUCACACUUUUGCCGAUGUAUUUAUUUGAAUUGGGCUUCGACAAGGCCGAUACGGCGAAAUUAGUCAGUCUUAGCGCUGCCGCGGAUUUGGGUUCGCGUGCAUUUAUGGCUUUGAUAGCUCUUUGUAUUCAAAUCAAAGCACGCCAUGUGACAUUAAUUGGUGCGAUUGUAACGAUUCUUUUUAGAUUUGUAUUUUUGAACGUACACAGUUUCAUUGGAAUGGUGGUAAUAAUCAUUGUAUUGGGAUUUUUUCGAACUUGGCUUCACGUUACAGUACCGCUCAUUUUUGCAGAUCAUCUACCUCCAUCGCAAUUUGCAUCCGGUUAUGGCCUCUACAUGUUUUUGUAUGGGAAUUUCUCAUUCAUAAUAUCGCCGUUCAUUGGCUAUAUUCGUGAUAUGACCAAAUCUUAUGUCACUUGCUUUAAUUCACUUUCAUUCAUCAUGAGUCUGUGCGUUAUUCCAUGGAUUCUUGAAAUGAUUUGGUUUCGAUUAUAUUCAAGAAAAAGAAAAAUUGUAGCUCAAUCAAUAUUUUAAGAGCAAAAAAAGAGUCUUACAGGAGUAAGACGAACUUUUCCGC